AGCUGAAAAUUUUCAUUCGUGCGACUGGAAAACAGUGUGUGUCAAAGCAAAAUCAAAAGCGAAAAAAAAAAAAGAAAAUGUCUGGAAACAACGGCAAAUCUAAUUCCAAUCUGAAGGAGACCGCAGCCAAGAAUACUUUGAGUGGCUUGAGUACUGAGCAAAUGGCGGAACUUCGUAAGGAGCUUGCCAAGGUCUCCGAAUCGGUAAAACAACUCGACAUUUCUGUCCGCACCGGUUUUAGUCGCUUCGCUCCGCCUCAUGAGCUGGUUGGAUUGCCAAAACCGAAGCAAACUAUUCCUCCCUCUGAGUACGAAGAACAAAUCGUUGCACUUAUGGAAUCAUUGCAGAAAGCCGAAAAUGAGCUAAAACUCAAGGAUAAGGUAAGGACUGAUGAACUUAAUGCCUUGCAGCUGGAGUUCUCCAAAAAAUUAAAGGCUGUCGAAAAGGAGCAUUUUGAUAAAGAAUGUGAAUACAAAAUAAAAUUGCUGGAAGACAAAAACAAGUUACUUCGUUACGGAAAAGAGCUCUCUACAUUUACUGAUCGGUGUCAGGAAGAUGUAUUGCGCUAUAAAGACACCUUUCGUAAAAUAGUGGAAGAAAAAGAAGACUUAAAGGCCCAGCACCAGGAAGAGAUCGCAAAAUACCAGGAUAAAGAGAUAGAAGAUCUCCUUGAGUUUGACAAUUGCAAGAAGCGGAUGCAUGAUUCCCACUCAAUUGAAUUGGAAAGGGUCCGAGCGGACUUGGAGCUUCAAAUCCAAAAAGCCGAAGAUGAGCGUAACAAGGGCUUGGAUGAGCUUGCCAUGAUGAAGGCGCAUAUCCAAGAGCUCCAGCAAAUGUAUAACCAGCUGGAUGCUGAAGCCAAUAAUCUGAGGGAGGAAAAGGUAAUGCUUGAGCUUAAGGUGGAAAAAGAGCUAAACAAUGCUCAGCUAAAGACAUCUGGCCUUGACGAUCUGAUAUCGGAGAACGAAGAGCUAAAGUUAUGCCUUUCGGUGGCAAAGGGGGUGUCCUCCACUCUGCAGGAAAAAGUGGAUAACCUGCAGUAUGAACUGCUUGCUGCUCAACAGGAAAUCUCCAGUGGUGAUGAGGUAAUGAUAAGACUUCGUUCAGAUCUAAUGCAAGCCCUGGAGUUAAAGGAUACUAUGAUAACGAAGCUAGAGGCAGCGGAGGAUAAGAUGUCCCAAGAUGGUAUACAGUUCGAAAAGGUGAUUGCAGAUCUCAAUGGUUCCAUAAAAGACUUGCAGCUCAAGUUGCAAUACUUGGAAGAUGAUAAGGAAAUUCUGGAAACUAAAAACGGAAAGCUUAAGGUGAAGCUGAGGAAUCUCCGAAAUCUUUUGCAAAAUCAAUCAAAAGAAGACGAAGCCAAUCAAGAACUUGCGAAGCUGCGAGAGGAAAUGGAAUCUGAACGCCAUCGAAUGGGGGAACUGUCCAAGGAGUGUGACAACCUACGCACUGAGCUAAAAUCCAGGGAGACCUAUAUGCUAACGGAGAGGGAGGGCAUGGCCGCCAACAUUUCCAGUCUCGUCGAAGAGAAAAAGACGAUGGAGGCAAAUAUCAGCUCCUUGAAUCUAGAGAAAAAACGUAAUGCUGAACUCAUAGAAAAGUUCAUGGAACAGAUCGAAUAUCUACAAACUCUUUGAAAUCCAAGGAGGGCAUGGGCGCCACCAUUUCCAGUCUUCUAGAGGAAAAGAAAUUGAUGCAGAAAGACAUCACCUCCUUGAAUCUAGAGAAUAGACGUAAUGCUGACCUCUUGGCAAAGCUUAAAGCCAAAGAUAUUGAAUCUGAGUCAUUGCGAGAAGCCUUAAAUAAUGAAAAGUUAGUUGCUGAAACAGCAAACGUAGAAUCCCGGAAGUUAAUGGAACAGAUCGAAUAUCUACAAAACUCUUUGAAAUCCAAGGAGACCUAUAUGGUAACGGAGAGGGAGGGCAUGGCCGCCACCAUUUCCAGUCUUCUCGAGGACAAACGCAAUUACGAGGAGAAGCAUUGCAAUCUGGAGGAGAAGAUCGGCAAGCUGGAGGAUGAAAUCUCAGCAUUACAAGCUAUGAGUGUCAACAGAUCCCCCUCAGCCGUCGAGUCGGAUGUCUCAUUACAAUUACCAUCGACGUCUUCUGCACAGCCUCGUAAUCUUCUUAAUAUGGAUCCCAGUCCCAGGUCUAGUGCCGAAGUUAUGAAGAAAUCGAGCUUAGAUGGGCUCGCGGCUCGCAAAGAAAAGAGAAAGACGGCACAUGAUGAGCACCGAAUGGGGCUUUUGGACAUGGAAGAAUCUUCAGAAGAAGAUUAACCUGAUGGAGAAGCCCGGAUGAUCAAGCAGCACGAACAACUAACCCAGAAGACCCAUGAUCUCAACACUAGAAUCACAUAUUCAACUGACCCCCGAUUCAUCUCCAGAAAUAGAAAACAAAGUCCCUUGGGAGGAGAACAGCUACAGCCAAGGUUGAGUCACUGGAGUAUAAACCAAACAGGUCAUGUCGGAUUCGGAUAUAUUCAAUUAUUAGGAUAUUUCGGUAUCCUUAUUUAUUUUCAUUCAGACUGUUUCGCAA